GUUUUCGGUUUUCUUCGACACUCUCCGGAAACCAUCGAAGUCGCCAUACUGAUUGUAGAGUUGCUGUUCUGGUACAGAAGGCAAAGUAGCGGCAAGCAACAUGCUGCGAUUGCCUGUUAGCCGGGCUCUGGCAGGAGUUGCCCAGAGCUCUAAAGGCAGCAUCACUACAAAGAACAAUGUUCGCACCGCAGCUACAGCUGCCAGUAACCUGGUUGAGGUGUUUGUGGAUGGGAAGUCGCUCAUGGUAGAACCUGGAACUACUGUCUUGCAGGCCUGUGAGAAGGUUGGAGUUCAGAUCCCUCGGUUCUGUUACCAUGACAGGCUCUCUGUUGCUGGGAACUGCAGAAUGUGCCUGGUGGAGAUAGAAAAAGCACCCAAGCCAGUUGCAGCUUGUGCUAUGCCUGUCAUGAAGGGAUGGAACAUAUUGACCAGUUCUGAGAAAACCAAGAAAGCUAGGGAGGGGGUUAUGGAGUUCCUGUUAGCCAACCAUCCUCUCGACUGUCCAAUCUGUGAUCAGGGAGGAGAGUGUGAUCUUCAGGACCAGUCCAUGAUGUUCGGAAGUGACAGAAGCCGAUUCACAGAGGGGAAGAGAGCUGUGGAAGACAAGAACAUUGGCCCUCUUAUUAAAACCAUUAUGACUCGCUGUAUCCAGUGCACAAGAUGUAUUCGGUUUGCCAGUGAGGUGGCAGGAGUGGAUGACCUGGGUACCACAGGAAGAGGUAACGAAAUGCAGGUUGGCACCUACGUCGAGAGAAUGUUCAUGUCAGAGAUGUCUGGGAACGUCAUUGACAUUUGCCCUGUAGGAGCCCUGACCUCAAAACCUUACGCCUUCACUUCCCGGCCCUGGGAGACGAGAAAGACAGAGUCCAUCGAUGUGCUGGAUGCAGUGGGCAGUAACAUUGUUGUGAGCACACGUGGAGGCGAGGUGAUGAGGGUCCUCCCAAAGCUGAAUGAAGACGUCAAUGAGGAGUGGAUCUCUGACAAAACUAGGUUUGCUUAUGAUGGUCUGAAGCGUCAAAGACUGACUCAGCCCAUGGUGAAAAACUCUGCAGGGCAGCUGGUUCCCACAUCCUGGGAGGAUGUGCUUACUCGUGUAGCUGGAGCGCUACAGGGAGCUCAGGGUAAUGAUGUGGCUGCCAUCGCAGGGGGGCUCGUGGAUGCCGAGGCCCUGGUAGCCCUGAAAGACCUGCUGAACAGACUCAACAGUGACAAUCUGUGCACCGAAGAGGUUUUUCCCAUGGCUGGGGCUGGCACUGACCUGCGUUCCAACUACCUGCUGAACACCAAAAUCACAGGAGUGGAGGAGGCUGAUCUCCUGCUGCUGGUUGGCACCAACCCACGGUUCGAAGCACCUCUCUUCAACGCCAGGAUCAGAAAGAGCUGGCUUCACAAUGAUCUUCAAGUAGCUGUGGUCGGCAGCAGGGUGGACCUGAAAUAUACCUAUGACCAUCUGGGAGAGUCCGCACAAGUAUUGGAAGAGAUUGCCUCUGGAAAACAUCCAUUCAGCCAGGACCUGAGCAAGGCCAAGAAGCCCAUGGUUGUAGUUGGCAGUGCUGCUUUCCAGAGGAAAGAUGGAGCUGCUGUUCAUGCUGCAGUUUCCACCAUUGCUCAGAACGCUAGGACCAGCAGUGGGCUCCAAGACAACUGGAAGGUUCUCAAUGUUCUCCACAGGGUUGCUAGUCAGGUGGCAGCACUGGAUCUGGGAUACAAGGCGGGAGUUGAGGCUCUUAGAAAGAAUCCCCCGAAAGUGCUGUUCCUUCUGGGAGCCGAUGCGGGCUGUAUAACCAGGCAGGAUCUGCCAAAGGACUGCUUCAUCAUCUACCAAGGUCAUCAUGGUGAUGUGGGUGCCCCCAUGGCUGAUGUCAUCCUCCCCGGUGCUGCCUACACUGAGAAAUUCGGCACCUAUGUGAACACAGAAGGGCGGGCCCAGCAGACCAGGGUGGCAGUUACUGCCCCAGGCAUGGCUAGAGAGGACUGGAAGAUUAUUCGAGCCAUUUCAGAGCUGGCCGGUGUGACUCUCCCCUAUGACACUCUGGAUGAAGUGCGGGACAGGCUGGAGGAAGUGUCUCCUAACCUGGUCCGUUACGACGAUGUUGAGGAGGCUAACUACUUCAAACAGGCAACUGAACUGUCAGCGGCAGUGAACCAGGUGCUCCUUAGUGAUCCUCUUGUCCCACCACAGCUCACGAUUAAAGACUUCUACAUGACAGAUCCUAUCAGCAGAGCCUCCCAGACCAUGGCAAAGUGUGUUAAAGCAGUUACUGAGGGGGCCAGCGCGGUGGAAGAACCGUCCAUCUGUUAAUGAACAUUGACAAGUAAAUAUUGGUGUCUCAUAUCCAGCAUUUGUAUAAUGCAUCUUGAACACCAAGCAUGGAAUCCUACCAUCUUAGAACAACUGUGUGAACAUUCUGUUUAUAUAUAACACUGACAUUCUUUUACAGUUUUAGUAGAGGGAGGUUAAUGUUGAAGUUCUGUGGCAUACUGUAUCUUUUAGAACCACUCCGUGGCAAAUAAAAAGAUAUGUAAAAAUAAUAAAUGUAUCAUUAUUAAA